AGGAUGUAGCGUCAUUCGCCAUAUUUAUUUUCGAUUAACAGACACCUGUGAGUUUCAAGUAUACUCCCUUUCCAUUAUAAUAUACUUGCGCUCUUUGACAUGUACGGCAUGAUGAAGACUUUUUAUAUAUUUUUGACGCUCGCUUUUUUAUAUACAGUUAAGAGUCAACGUACACCAACGAUAUCUUACAUUUCCCAAGAGCAAAUUAAAGAUAUUGGUGAAACUGUAGAAUUUCGAUGUUCAGUUUUAUAUGCACCUGACUUUCCAGUUGUAUGGACAAAAAUUAAUAAAAAUGUUGCCAAUGACCAAUUACCACUUUCGCAUGGUAGUACUUUAAUUAUAAGAGAUACUAGAUUUGCACUCAAGUAUGAUGACGCCUUAUCUACCUUUAGAUUACAGAUAAAAGAUAUUCAAGAGACUGAUGCUGGAUUUUAUCAGUGUAAAAUUUUGAUAUCUUUGAAUAAUUAUGUAUCUGCAAAUGUCGAACUGCAAGUUCGUAGACCACCUAUUAUCAGUGACAAUUCAACCAGAACUCUGAUUGUUACCGAGGGACAGCCUGUGCAACUUGAAUGUUAUGCAGGUGGUUUUCCUACACCUAGAAUCUCAUGGCGUAGAGAAAAUAAUGCCAUUUUACCAACAGGUGGAUCAAUUUAUCGUGGCAAUACAUUGAAAAUUCCUGCAAUUCGUAAAGAAGAUCGUGGAACAUAUUAUUGUGUAGCUGAAAAUGGAGUAGGACGUGGAGCUAGACGUAAUAUUAAUGUUGAAGUUGAAUUUGCACCUGUAAUUACAGCACCCAGGCCACGCCUUGGUCAAGCUUUACAAUAUGACAUGGAUUUAGAAUGUCAUGUAGAAGCUUAUCCUCCACCAGCUAUUGUUUGGUUAAAAGAUAAUGUUCAAUUAUCUAAUAAUCAGCAUUAUAGCAUAUCACAUUUUGCAACUGCAGAUCAAUAUACAGAUACAACAAUUAGAGUGAUCACAAUUGAAAAAAGACAAUAUGGAGAAUAUGUGUGCAGAGCAGCUAAUAAAUUAGGAACUGCAGAAACAAAAGUUGAAUUAUUUGAAACUACUGUCCCUGUGUGUCCGCCAGCUUGUGGCCAAGCCCUUUAUUAUGGGACUGGAGUAGUACCAGUUUCUUCAGGGCCUUUGGUAGUCUUAGUUUUAUUUAUUACAAUUGUUAUGAGAAAUUUCUACGCCAAAUAUUAAUUAUCCAGGACUUCAAUGGGCGGCAGCGAAUCAAUGCAACUUAUCGAAAUGGUUGCUGAUAGUACUAUGGUUCAUCAUUCUUAAUAGAUAUUAGAAACAUUAUUAUACAAUAACUUUAGGGGCCUAAUUUGUUUUUAAUUUCUAUUAGAUGAUUAUUUUUGUAGUUAUUUACAAAUGAAAUUGAAUAAUUAUUAGUGAAUAUAAUAAAAGUUUUAGGGGCCAACAAUAUAGUAGAUGUUGGCAGGAUACAACUAACAUUCCAGAGAAAUACAUAGUGAUACAAAAUGAAAAAAAUGUAAUGAUAUUACCAAUAGUUUGAGAUUUUUAUAUAUAUAUAUAUAUAUAUAGCCUUUUUUCAUAUAUCAGUAUAACUGAUAAACACAAAGAAGUGAUUGAUAAUGAUGUUAUGAACAUAUAUCGGCCUUUGACAUAGUUUGUAGUAAAAGUUCAAGAAUACAUUCAUACAAUUUAACACAUUCGAGACUGCCAUAUUUUGACAAGAUCAUCCUUAAUGGCAGUUAAUAUUUCUGAAGUUAUAAUAAAGAAUGAAAGAAAUUUAGUAAGAGUAAAACAAACAUAUUUCAAGACCAUAUCUUUUUAAGAAACAUCAUGACUCACAUAAUGAGUCACGUUUAUUAAAAUCAUUUUCAUACUAUAUAGAUGAUUUAGAUCACUACGUAAGUCAUAUGUAUGAAACAGUUAAUAUCCCAGAAAAAUGAGCACAGCUAAUAUAGAUAAUAACGAAAUUAUGAACAUAAAUAUUGCUACUCUUGUUUUAUUUUUAUGAGAACAAAAGGAUCUACAACAAAAUAACUGCUAAAACACAUGUAAUAUAAAAAAAUUAUCUGUAAUUAUUAUACUUAUAAUAAAUUUGUAUAAUAUUACUUAAGACAUAUCGUUCAAAUAUAAAUUUCAUUUAUCUUUAUAAUAUUAUACAGUACAAGUAUGUUGCAUGAUUAAUUAUUAUAACUAAUCACCUGUAUCUUUUUCCUUUUCUAUUUUAUUCUUUAUGCUUUUUAGUAACAUUUCAGAUAUAGUAUUGUGUUCAUAGCAUUUUUGUUCAAGAUAUAAAAUUUUUACUUUCGUCAUUACUUCUUAAUAUGUUAACAGAUCUGGUUGUGGAUUAUUUUAUGUCUUUUACUCAGUUUGAAAGUAAAGGCAUUUUAUAAGUUUUUAAGCUUUUCUAACAGAACAUUAACUAAACGUAUUAAACUGGUUUGAUCUAAUUUUGAUCUCGAAUGUGUUAAAACAUUUGUUAAUGCUCUAUUUAGAGCAUUAUGUAGAAUUCAAAGUAACAAUACUCUAUAGUUGCCUUGUUACACAAUGUUUGGUAACAAAAAAAGAAAUUAUUAUAAUGUUAAUACCUUCGUGAUACAAAACAUGUAAAAAUUUGUUUUAGAUCUAGAUCAACAAUUGUAUAUUGUAGAUGAAGCUAUUUAUAAUCAUAACUAGGGUAUUUAUGUUAACAAAUGUAUAAAGACUGCAUACUCAUAACAGGGAUCGAUUUCGCCUUUGGACAAACUUAAGGUAUUUUUAAUGUUCCUCGGAACUGCGGUCGUCCCAAAAAUGUUGGUGUUGGAUCUUGUUUUCGCUUUCGCCAACCAUAAGAGUUGGAAAAUUUAUGAACUUUCUUCCAAAUUCUCCAAUAGGACAAGAUAAUCUAUUUCGAAAUUUAUACAUGAAAAAAUGAAGAUUGAAAGAAAGCAUUUGUAUUUGCGAGAAACGAGAAUUUUUAUUAGUGCCGGAGCAAACUAUCAGUAAUUUACAUGUCUGAGGAGAUGAUACGAAGGAUAAAGGGAAAUAAGAACAAGAAUGUCACAAAACAACUUCAUUGGGGAAAUUACAGUUUGGAUACUUUAGUUACUAUCUCUAAGAAAACAAAGUUUAAUGCAUUUAACUAGGCAUUUAACAAAAGAUGGGCCAGCAACAAAAUGCGCUGCAUAUAAUAAAAUCAUUA